AUGGACCAGAGUGGGCAGCAGGAAAGACAAGGAAGCCCCUCAGGUCCUUCCCAUUGGCGGUGGAGUGAGUAUGAAUUAAGUAUCUUCCUAGUGGAUUGGGAAGUGGUUGAACUGGAAGUGGGCCAGAAAGGGAAAAGAACUUGUAAAAAAGUCAGGAGUAUUCGACAGCGACUCUAUUGUAGGGGCCUGAGGAAGACCUGGCACGACUGUUUGCAACUGAUGACUGAUCUAAAGACCUUGCACUGGAGGCUCUCUCACGAGAGAGCAGGGGUCGAACCCUUGUUUUCUCCGUACUCGGAGAACCUCUACAGGAUCCUUGGUCACAGACAAGAGUGGAGCCCCUUCCCAGGAUUACGGCAGACCCCAGAUGAAGUGAGCCACCCAGGCAAGAUGCUGAAGAAGGUCAGGUCUAUUGGCAAGAGACUCUACCAGGGAGUCCUGAGGAAGACCUGGCUUUACUGCUUGCAACUGAUGCUCAAUCUAAAGACCUUGCACUUGUGCCUAUCUAAUGACAGAGCAGGGAUCAAAGCCUUGAUUUCUCCUUAUUCAGAGGACUUCUACAGGAUCCUUGGUCACAGAAAAGAAUGGAGCCCCUUCCCAGGACCUCUCUAUGAUGGAGGAGUUCAUAACCCCAUGCUUCACAUGUACUCUCAACCUCCAAUGCUAUGGCCGACUCCCAUGUACCAGCCUUGGGAUUAUGGCUUCCCUGUGCCUUCUGGAGCGCUUCAAGGGAACCCACCACCAAUGAUGUACAGAGGGGAUUCUUGA